GCUCCAAACUCUGAACAAGUUGGUCGCGUUUUGGAAUGUCUCCGGCACGGUUCAAUCGCUCCGUCGGGCGGGGUCCGAUGGAGUCGAAGCUGCGACAACUCGACAACUCGACAGAUCGACUCCGCAGCUGGACGGCUCCGAACCCACUCUUUAGUCGUUGUGCCUUUCUGAAAGGGGUGGAAGGCAUGGUGCACUCGAUUGACCAACAGAACUACAAGUUCGAGGGCACCUGGGGCGAGCUGCUCGGCGAGGUGGACGAACGACCGACAACGUCACUGGCGAAGUUCUUGCAAGCCAAGAGUAAUUCACCCGACUAUGCUGAAGCAUUAGAGGCCACGAUGGCCGAGAGUGUGGACACUGUGCUGCGGGCACAGUAUGAUCUCUCCGAGCGGGAAAGGCCUAGACCUCAUCAUGUGGUGAAGGCUUUAUCCAUCCGACAGCGAGCCGACUUGAUCCUUUGGAUCCAGCAGGCCUUCAGCACACUUGGCCUAGAUGAAUCAAUGGUGCAUGGGGUUGCCCUCAACAUUGACAGGCUGGUUGCCACGUAUGGAGGUGAAGAGCAGCUGCCACAGGGCUGCUUGCAAGUGAUCCUACUGGCAGUGGUUUGUACGGAGUUCAAAACCGAUGGUUUCAGUGACCAUCCGGACAAGGAGUGGAAGCAGAUCCUCCUGCACAUGACCCGGGGUCAGGUUCCAAUGCUGCAGAUCUUGCGCGUGGAGCGUGACAUCCUGGGGAGGCUCCGAUACGUGGUGGGGCUCCCGACGCCCCUGACGUUCUUGCGGAGUCUGACGGCGCACUUGUGUCAUGAAGAGCAGGCUGGGUAUUGGAUCAGCUUGGCGACCUUCAUUCUAGAGCUGGCUAUGCUAGAGCCCGAAGUCCAGCAUGGCUUUCCACAUGCUUUCCUAGCAGCUGGUGCCUUGGCCGCGUCCCUGCGGGUCCUUGAUGCGCCUGAGCGCACGCGGCAGGAGCUCCUCGACGAUGUGAUGAUUUGGCCUGCAGAAGAAUCCAGUGAAGAAUUGCUGGUGAGGUGUGAAGAGGAGCUGCUGCAGCUUUGGAUCCGCUGUAAGGAUGGCUUGGUCGAGUAUCACCACGUCUUCCGGCUGCUGGAGGCCAAGUUCCGCUACCAGUCCAAAUUCGAAGCUCGGGAGCUCGGGAGCUCUCACGGUGAGGUAGGGAGGAGGACACGCUCGGUAUACGUGACCCUCUUUCAUUCUCAAGAGACGUUGACACCGAGGUCUGGAGUUCCGAUCGACACCUCCAGAUUGGUGUCAAAGACCAUGUUGCCAACCUCUCAUCGCGCCUACCAAGGGACCUUGAAGUCCAUUUAUUUUUUGCUGCUACUUCUUCAGCUUCGCCCCACAGAGCUAAGAGUAUCUUCUGCGUGGCAACACUGCCGGGCUUUGCUGAAGAUGGCAACACUGCUUGGUAGAUGCGUGCAUUGCGAUGCUCUAUCAAAAGACAUGUCCUUGCUCCAUCAGUUGGCCCGCUACCCGCGGUCCCGUGGAGCACCAUCAGGGACUGCCGUUUCUGCAACUGGCGAGACCGGUGGGCAGGUUCGUUCGACCAAAAAGGGACAGUUGCCAGGUGAGCGGAUGGACCAAGCUUCUGCCAUUGAGCAGCCAACGUACCCCCCAAACACGUUACUUGACUUCUUUUAAACCUACCGUCUUCCCAGGAGUUUCUACCAGGCCGUCUUUCCAUUGUAGUUCUACAGCUUAACCGAGCGCUGUCUACACCCGCCCAUGGCUUGCAGUAGUGACCACCCAGUGCUUGACCGAGAAGACCGGAGGUCUCGCAUCUGUCCCCUGCCGGAGCGCUGAAGGUGCUGAGGGAGGAACGGGAACCCGAAGACUUCAGGGAUUUGGCGUUGCUGCGCUUUGGAAUCGCAGGUAGCCUGCGCCAGUGUGACCCAGUGGCGUGAGAAUGCGGACUCCGCGCUUUCGAGCUUCUGCGUCGCCCUACUCGCGUGCGGAGUGUGGGCUUGGUGUGGCAGACAAAACUGCCUGCCGAGGAGUGCUGAGGUUGUGGAGCAGAACGACCCUACG